AUUUAGAAGUGGGGUGCCAAUAAAGGCAACCAAAGUUAGACAACGAAGUGUACUUCCCAACGUUUUGCGGGUUUACAUUUGGAGUUGCAGAGUCGUCUUCAUAACGGUGAGCGUGAUUCAGUUGAGGUGGUUGCUUCUUCUCGUUUGCCAAUAUGCAGGCCAGUGAUAGGUUCAACAUCAAUUCCCAGCUUGAACAUCUUCAAGCUAAAUAUGUUGGGACCGGGCACGCCGAUAUGAAUAGAUAUGAAUGGGCUGUGAAUAUCCAACGCGAUAGCUACGCAUCCUAUGUUGGCCAUUAUCCAAUGCUUGCUUACUUUGCUCUUGCCGAGAAUGAGUCCAUUGGAAGAGAACGCUACAACUUUAUGCAGAAAAUGCUUUUGCCAUGCGGUCCUCCUCCGGAAAGAGAAGACGAUUGAUUCUAUAUUGUCAUAAGAACUUACCGCUUUAUAAUGUUUAUCGAGAAAGACUUAUAUGGAAUGGGUGCAACGCCACUGUGUUGUCCCAUUCCAAUGAAACGGUGGCAUGCAUAAGGUUUUCAACACGACAAUGUAUUAUUGGAUCGGAAUCCCACGUGACAGCAAACCCGUUGUAUACCAUUUGUUGAAAAAAGAGAUCAUAUAUGACUUUGUAUGUACUUGAUCUUUUCAAUUCAUGAAUCUAAUGCCUUCUUGUGGCCCUUAUACCUA